CCCGCCGGGGGCGCCCUUGCGCUCCCUGGCCGCGGUCUCGCCGGGAUGCGAGCAGUUGCGAGGCUGAGCGUGUGGCCGCCGUGGCUGCGGGAGCAGAAGGUUCCGCGCUUCAGCCCUUAGCGGAGCGAGCCGCCGCUUCUCCCUGCCGCCCAGCGGGCUCCCCUGCCCGGCAGCAGCAGCAGCAUGAACACCAUCAAGAACGUGCCGGCCCGGGUGCUGAGCCGCCGGCCCGGGCACAGCCUGGAGGCGGAGCGGGAGCAGUUUGACAAGACGCAGGCUAUGAGCAUCAGCAAAGCCAUCAAUACACAAGAAGCGCCAGUGAAAGAGAAACAUGCCCGCAGAAUUAUCUUGGGAACUCACCAUGAGAAAGGAGCAUUUACUUUCUGGUCCUACGCUAUUGGCCUCCCCCUGCCCAGCAGCUCCAUCCUCAGCUGGAAGUUCUGCCAUGUUGUGCACAAAGUCCUGAGAGAUGGCCAUCCCAAUGUUCUUCAAGACUGUCAAAGAUAUCGGAGUAAUAUCCGAGAGACAGGAGACCUGUGGGGGCACUUGCACGACAGAUAUGGGCAGCUUGUGAAUAUUUAUACCAAACUUCUACUCACCAAGAUAUCCUUUCACCUAAAGCAUCCUGACUUUCCCCCAGGCCUAGAAGUGACGGAUGAGGUGCUAGAAAAGGCUGCUGGGACAGAUGUGAAUAACAUCUUUCAGCUCACAGUCGAGAUGUUUGAUUACAUGGACUGUGAACUCAGACUCACAGAGUCAGUUCUCAGACAGCUCAACACCGCCAUGGCUGUGUCUCAGAUGUCGUCUGUUCAGUGCAGGCUGGCUCCUCUCAUCCAGGUGAUCCAGGACUGCAGCCACCUCUAUCACUACACCGUCCAGUUAAUGUUCAAGCUCCACGCAUGUCUGCCGGCUGAUACACUGCAAGGUCACCGAGACCGGUUCCAUGAGCAGUUCCGCAGCCUCAAAAACUUCUUUAAAAGGGCUUCAGACAUGUUGUACUUCAAGCGGCUCAUCCAGAUCCCCAGGCUGCCAGAGAGCCCCCCUAACUUCUUGCGGGCGUCUGCCCUGGCAGAGCAUGUGAAACCGGUGGUUGUCAUCCCCGAGGAGGCCCCUGAAGACGAAGAACCAGAAAACUUAAUUGAGAUCAGUACGGCUCCUCCAGUGGACAGUACAGCUCCUCCAGGGGAACAGCAGAACAUGUCGGAUAUAUUUGAACAGACUUUCGGCCCCCCCAAUGGCGUUCGGGAUGACAGGGAUCUCCAAAUCGAAAACCUAAAGAAAGAAGUGGACUUGCUUCGAGCUGAGCUAGAGAAAAUUAAACUGGAGGCUCAGCGGUACAUCACGCAGCUCAAGGCCCAGAUCAACAGCCUGGAGGCUGAGCUGGAGGAGCAACGGAAACAAAAGCAGAAAGCUUUGGUGGAUAAUGAACAACUCCGGGAUGAGGUGGAGCGACUGCAGAGGGCACAGCUGGAGAGCAGCCGGACGCAGGGGCUUUAUGUUGAAGCUGAAAAGAAAGCCAGCGCCACGGAAAUGCGCUAUGCCAAGCUGAAAGAGAAACACAGCGAGCUCAUCAACACGCAUGCAGAGCUGCUGCGAAAGAAUGCAGAUACUGCCAAGCAACUGACAGUCACCCAGCAGAGCCAGGAAGAAGUGGCUCUUGUCAAAGAGCAGCUGGCUUUUCAGAUGGAGCAGGUGAAGCGGGAGUCGGAGAUGAAGCUUGAAGACCAGACCUUGCAGAUGGAGCAGCUGAAGAGAGAACUGGAAGCCAAGAAAGAAGAGCUGACCCAGAUUCAGAGUGCACUCAGCAAUUCCAAGCAGGCUGGCUCCGAGCUCCACUCCCAAGUGGAAGCCCUGCAUGCUGAGAAGGACUCGCUGAGAAAGUCGGUGAGCGAGAAGGAGUGUGAGCUGCUGUCCGUAAAGGGCCUGAUUCAGGAGAAGGAGCUGCUGUUGAACCAGGAGGCAGAGAGGAGUGCUAAAGAAAUCAGGGAGCUGCAGGGGAAACUCAUGGAAAAGAAAAACCAGGAGCAGAGCCUCCAGCAGAAGCUUCUGGAUGACCAGUUCGGUAUGCUCCAGGGGAUGGUGAAGGAGGCAGAGAACAUCAUCCAAGAUGCCAUUGCCAAGCUGGACGACCCCUUGCACGUCCAAUGCACCAGCUCUCCAGAUUACCUCAUCAGCCAGGCGCAGGCAGCCCUGGAGUCCAUGAACUCCUUGGUGAAUGGGCACGCGCAGUAUAUGACCAGCAUGACAGAUGCCACUGGGUUGGUAGCAGCCCUGGCCCAGUUUGCUCACUUGACCGCUGACACCAUCGUGAAUGGCAGUGCCACGUCCCACAUGGCACCCACUGACCAUGCUGACAAAUUAACUGAAACCUGCAGGGACUGUGGGCAUCGGAGUCUGGAGUAUCUGAACGAGCUGAAGGAUAAGCAGUUGCUGAGACAGGCAAACCCGGAGGAAGUGAGGAGAACUCUACAGGGCAUUCUUCAACUGGGCCAGGAAUUAAGACCUAAAAGCUUAGACAUCAAGCAAGAAGAGCUGGGUGAUUUGGUUGAUAAGGAAAUGUCCUCCACCUCAGCAGCGAUUGAAGAUGCUGUCAGAAGAAUAGAGGAAAUGAUGAAUCAGGCCAGAAAUAAAAGCUCUGGUGUUAAACUGGAAGUGAACGAGAGAAUUUUGAACUCCUGCACUGAUCUGAUGAAGGCAAUUAGGCUUCUCGUAAUAACAUCUACCAACUUACAGAAGGAGAUUGUCGAAAGUGGAAGGGGGGCAGCAACGACACAAGAAUUUUAUGCCAAGAACUCCCGUUGGACAGAAGGCUUGAUCUCUGCUUCCAAAGCUGUGGGAUGGGGAGCCACGCAGCUUGUAGAAUCUGCAGACAGAGUGGUCCUGCAUAUGGGCAAAUAUGAAGAACUUAUUGUCUGCUCCCGUGAGAUUGCAGCCAGCACAGCCCAGUUGGUGGCUGCAUCCAAGGUGAAAGCCGAUAAGAACAGCAGGAACCUGGUCAAGCUCCAGGAGUGCUCACGCAAUGUAAAUGAAAUGGCUGCCAAUGUUGUGGCUUCCACUAAGUCCGGACAAGAGCAGAUUGAAGACAAAGAUACUAUGGACUUCUCUGGCAUGUCGCUGAUCAAACUGAAGAAGGAAGAAAUGGAGACGCAGGUGAAGGUGCUGGAACUAGAGAAGAAGCUAGAGAAUGAGCGAAUUCGUCUUGGCGAGCUGAGGAAGAAGCAUUACGCUUUGGCUGGGGUGUACGAAGACCCAGAUGAGGGGGACGGGAAACCAGCUAUGGCUCCAAAGCAGAGCAUCUUGAAGAAGCCACCACUGGCUCAGAAACCUGCCUACCCCCUAAAACAGGACUGUGAGGUGGAGCAGCAGGACGGCAUUUUUCAGGCCCACAUGGUAAAUUUCUAGGGGGAUACGGAAGUUGAUUCAGCACAAAAGGAAGAGGAGGAGUGGGCUGCUGCAGUCGCCUUCCAGCCACAGUACACUUCGUCUCGGUGGAGGGGGCUAGGAUUCCUGCCCCUCCUGUUCCUGCAGGCACGUACCAUGAUGUAGACAUUCCAAAGCUGUUAUAUCUGUGUUUUUAACAGAUCCUAACUGGAUUAACCCGAGAAUUGCCUUCAAGCUGGCACACCUGUGGUGUUCGGCUGGUUCUCCUGACAGCCACGUGUGAAGAACAACAUGACUUUACACUUCCUUUCUAUCGCUAGAACAGUUGGGUUACCGUCGUUUACUACAGCAAUGCUGACGCUGCCACGUGGCACAUCGGUUAUACAGAAAGAGAUUGGAGCAGCUCAGUGAUUGACUUUUUAUUUAUCAGCAAUAGGAAUCUUAAGUAAAUGUAGGUGGGUCUCAGUACUGUCGUGCACAAACUUUAAGGAACUGUGAAACAUUUUUAAAGUAGGGAGUUGAUCUUUUCUUGCAGCCAUUUGAGUUAAACAAUGUGGCAGGUUGAGAAAGGGUAACUGAUGUCUCUCCAUGGGUAAGUACUCAAAGGAAGAGGCAUAAUUUAGUUUUAAACUGUCAAUGUUUAGAUGUCUUUAAAGGAACAGGGCUCAUACAUGGGAGAACAAGUUAAUAUAUAUGAUGGCAAUAAGGGUGCAAACUUUUUUCUUAUUAAUGGAUCAACGUCAGGGGAAUAGUUUCACUGUGUUUAUAGUUAAGAUAAUUAAACAAUCUUGGUGUACAAUAACCAUGUAAUAAUUAUUGCAAAAAAGUCUACAGCAAUAAGAAAUUUUGGGGAGAUGUUAAUUAAUUUAGAGAGACACUGUUUGUUUAAAUACUAUAAAAUUCCUUCCCCUGAGUCACUAGUAACAUUUAAAUUUGAGAACACUAUUUAAAUAAUGUAUUUUUUCCCCCUUUCUUGCUGUUUUUGGACAAUAGUCACUUUCAUUGUAGAUCUCUUAAGUCCAGUCAGUUUCAGGUCCUAGGUCUCCCCUGCUGCACUGGUGGGAAUGUUUUAGACCUACACAGUCUCUCUCUGUCACUAGGAAGUGUAGUAUAUAGGAAUAUGUGACUGCUCUUCAGUACAGAAUGCUUAGGGAAUUGGCUCCAACUCCCACUCCCCAUCCUGUUUAUUCUCUACUGCGGGGGGGGAAGGGCACUGGGCACACUGCCACAUCAGGCUUUCAAACGGGAAGUGGGGUUGUCUUCAGGCAUUGUUUGAUCAGCAGCCUUUUUCCCCCCUACACCAGUGAUUUUGUACUUAGCCUCCUCCACUGCUGAGAGCAUGGCACAGGCUAUAUACUGUAGGGGGAGCCAAUAGGCAAACCACCAACCAAAUCUGAACUGCCAGACACUUUUGAACAGACCUUGAAAUCUUCUUUCCUUGUUAUGGUUAUUGCAGUGUGAAAAUAUGUCUCUGGAGUCUGGACCUUGACUAUACUUCGACAAAAAAUAAUGGACUCCCCCUGCUGUAUGUUAGAAUGAAUUGUCUCACGCUCAGAGCUUAAAUUCAGCUGGAGCAGAGCAGCUCCUGUAAAUAUUUUCAGACCCAGCACCUCCCGCAGGGCUCCAGGAAAUACUCUAUGAGAAUUUAAGUCCUGCUCACUGUGCAAAGAGCCCUGUACUCAGCAUUUCAAAUGUGGAUGCACAAGGUUAAUUUAUGCAGCAAUACACCCCAGAUUGAAAAUGGUGGCUGAUACGUCUUCUGAAACCACAUUUUGCUUCCAGGGUAGUGAUUUUUGUCGCUUCAGGAUUUCAAAUAAGAAAUCUGGUACCUUUAUUUUCUGACCACUCAGAACCAAGAUUUCUGUUAAUUGAAGUGAAUGCAGGUGACAACGUAGCCUGUCACUGCACCCCUCCCCAGUUAAUUGAAGGUAUUUCCAUGUAGACAACCACACCACAAAUCACUUCUAAAAGUAGUACUGACGGGUAGUCUACAGCAGUUGCUUGCAAUCAACUUUUCAGUGUGAAGACAAGACUACAUGAUGGAUAACUGAAGACUUGUAACUGUUUUUAUACUGAAAUCUGUUUGUUAUAUUUUAGUAGCAGGAAAGCUUGGUUUUGUAUUCUUUUGUAAAUCUCAAACAAGCAAUAAAAUGUGUUCAUGGGU